AUGAGGGAUACACUUCUGGGUAGCAGUGUGUGUGAACAAGAUCUUAGGGUGGGAGCAGCCGCCAGCACUGCAACCACCACAAACCAUGUGGGAGCCUUUGGCAGGUUUGGGAUGACCACCACCGCCGGGCCGACAUUUAGCUUCUCUACCCCUGCCAACACAAGCGCCCCUGGGCUCUUCGGUGCUACUCAGAACAAAGGUUUUGGAUUCGGCACCGGCUUUGGGACUGCAGCAGGCACCGGGACUGGCCUUGGGACUGGUUUGGGAACCGGGUUGGGCUUUGGAGGCUUCAGCACCUAGCAGCAACAGCAGCAGCAGCCAACCCUCAGCAGCCUUUUCAGCCAGCCCACUCAAGCCCCCGCCCAGUCCAACCAGCUGAUCAACACAGCCAGUGCCUUGUCUGCCCCCACCCUCUUAGGAGAUGAGCGGGAUGCCAUUCUGACCAAGUGGAACCAGAUGCAGGCAUUUUGGGGCACGGGCAAAGGCUACUUCAAUAGCAACAGCGCCUCAGUGGAGUUCACACAGGAAAACCCGUUCUGCAGAUUUAAGGUCAUGGGCUACAGCUGCAUGCCCAGCAACAAGGACGAGGAUGGCUUGGUCACUCUGGUCUUCAACAAAAAGGAGGCAGAGAUCCGAAGCCAGCAGCAGCAGCUCAUGGAAUCAUUGCACAAAAUCCUGGGCUCCAACCAGAUGCUGACUGUCAAUGUCGAAGGUGUAAAGAUAAUGCCCGACGACCAGACCGAGGUUGUCAUCUAUGUGGUUGAGUGGUCACCAAACGGGACCUCGAGGCAAGUCCCAGCCACCACCCUGUACACUCACUUUGAACAAGCAAACAUCAAGACCCAGUUUCAGCAGCUUGGUGUGACCCUCACCCUGGCCAGGACUGAACUCUCCCCGGCCCAGGUCAAGCAACUGCUGCAGAAUCCUCCUGCAGGUGUCGAUCCUAUCAUCUGGGAACAGGCCAAAGUGGAUAAUCCAGAUCCUGAGAAGCUGAUUCCAGUGCCGAUGGUGGGCUUCAAAGAGCUCUUGAGAUGGCUGAAGGUCCAAGACCAGAUGACAAAACAGCAUCAGACCCAAUUAGACAUAAUAUCAGAAGACAUCAGUGAGUUGCAGAAAAACCAGAUGACUACGAUGGCCAAAAUAGCCCAGUACAAGAGGAAGCUGAUGGACCUUUCACACAGAACGUUGCAGGUUUUAAUCAAGCAAGAGAUCCAGAGGAAGAGUGGCUACACCAUCCAGGCCGAGGAGGAGCUGCUCCGCAUGCAGCUGGACACGAUUCAGUGUGAAUUCAACGCCCCCACACAGUUCAAGGGUCAACUGAACGAACAACAUCUGAAGCAACAACAAGAAGGUUUGAGUCACCUAAUCAGCAUCAUCAAGGAUGACCUGGAAGAUACAAAGCUGAUAGAACACAGAUUGAAUGAGAGCAUUCCUAUCAGAGGUGGGGUCUUCAGUUGA